AACUUCAUCAACAAUUGCCGUCAAUCAGAUCAGAUAUUUGUCAAAAUAGAGCUACGACACACUAAGUACCUUUGGUUAACGUAAUCAAAAAGCUUCCAUUCAUAAAAACAAUGCGUGCCUUCUACUACUGCUCGAUGACAUAAUUCGUCAUAUAAAAGCAAGCGAUUUUUUUCAUCAGCAACGCAUCGUAUAGCACAUUUGAGAAAUGAAGUAUCAACUGCUGACCACCUUGGUCGCAAUCACUUUUUGCCUCUCUUUAGCCGCGGAAGAUUGGCAGUCCCCUCAGCUGAAAACUUUUUCAUCCUCUCAGCAGGAAUGCGCAGUCUAUCUUUUACUACCCAACGAAACAGCUCAGAGGUGUGUGAGCAACGGAUACCCCGACGAAUGGCCCUGCCGCAAGCUGAUCAACUGUAUUCUUGUGCAAUUCCACGCCUUCGACGAGCUCACCGGCAUCAAAGACCAUGUCAUCACAAACUUCUUCGAUCCAUCGGGAGCACCCAGCGACUAUGUCAGUCGCACACAGGAAUGUCUGCGUACCACCGUGCCGAAUCACUGCCAAGGACAACCAUUUGAACGAGCUUACCGUUCGUUCCAGUGCUAUUACCGGAACUACGGAAGUCUGCUGACUGAUACCGUUCGAUUCAUCCCGUACGAACAGGUCGAUCGAAUCCAACAUCUCAAGGAAGCAUUCUCCAUUGCGAACACAUCCUGCAAGGCCAUUAAGGACUUCAGCGAAGGGCACGGCUUCAACGUCGAAGAAAUUUCAGACCCCCUUUAUGUACUAGCUGUUCGAACUGGAUUCUACGAUCAUGCACAUGGUCCCUACACCGACCGUCUGUACACGCAAUUUGGCUCGCCGAAUUUGCUGUCAGAAGCCACCCGCCAGUGCAUCACUCGAGUCUCGCAGCAGUACUCUACGGAACCGAUUAUGGUAACCCAGCUGUUCUUCCAGUGUGUAGAGGAGGACAUUUCUACGGAGGCACUGUUCACUGAGACGGCGAGGCAAAUUUUAGCGACAACCAACUCGUACUGUAACGUGUGCGAACCGGUGUCACCGGUCACCAGCACAACGGAAAUGAUGACGACCACGACUUCAGCAACAGUUACCUCUACGACUGGAAUGCCGUCGACGACGACGACGACGGUGACGCCAUCAACGACGACAACAGUGACGCCAACGACGACGACGACAUCGACGCCAACGACGACGACAACGGCGACGACAACGGUGACGCCAACGACUACGACGACGGCGACACCGAUAACGACGACGACAUCGACGCCAUCGACGACGACGACAGUGACGUCAACGACUACGACUACGGCAACGCCGAUAACGACGACGACGACGACGGCAAUGCCAACGACAACGACGACCACGGUGACGCCGACGACGACGACGACGACGACUAAAAGUCCAUAUCCCUAUCCAUCGAUGUAGAUGCAUUAGGCGAACAUCUAGUGACAAAUAAUAACACUGUUAAAUAAUAUACAUUACUUGAAAACACAUUUUGGACGAUGCGAUAUAUACCAAGAAAACACCUAUGUCUUCUACAUACAUGGAGCGAAGCUUGCCUCUCAGCUUCGUGUUCUAUGACCACCUAAACAACUAAGAGUCGCAUAAUGAUAAACGCUUUACAUCAUAUAAAGUACUACUUUGUCGUAUGUACAAUUUUCAUCACUUACAAUAUUUUCUUUAUGUACAGACCGUGAUUUCGGGUGAAAUUCGACGUGAUCGACGUGAGAGUCAUUUUUAUUUGUCAUGUAAAAAGAUUUCAACUUGAAACAAGAUUUGAAAAAUAACUAUCAUCUCAUUCAAGGAUUAUUGAAUGAUGAGUUUACAAAUUGCAUAGCUAAUAAGCUGAAUCACCAGAUUGCUCUUAACUUUCUGAAGAACUUUGCCGAAGACAACACUUUUCUAUCAGCUCUGGGUCUCCAAAUAGAGAAGUUUGAAACUUUACUUGACGACUAACGCCACCUAGCGACGAAAUCACCAACUAGUUGUUGGAAAACUAGAUUGCUCUUGACUUCAUGAAGAACUUUGCCAAAGGCGGCACUUUUCUAUCUGCUUUGGAUUUCGAGAUAGCGGAGUUAGAAGCUUUACUUGACAACUAGUACCACCUAUCGACGAAAUCAUCAACUAAUUGUUGAAUCACCAGCUUGAUCUUAACUUCCUGAAGAACUUUACCGAAGACACCACUUUUCUAUCUGCUCUAAAUCACGAGAUAGUGGAGUUUGAAGCUUCAUUUGACAACUAUGUAGUGCCACCUAGCGGUGAAACCACCAACUAAUUAUUGAAUCAUUAGAUAGCUCUUGACUUCCUGAAGAACUCUGCCGAAGACGACACUUUUCUAUCUGCUCUGGAUCUCGAGAUAGCGGAGUUUAAAGCUUUACUUGACAACUAGCGUCACCUAGCGGCGAAAUCACAAACUAAUGGUUGAAUCACCAGAUUGUGGUUGACCUACUGAACAACUUUGCCGAAGAUAGCAUUGUGCCAAUAAAGUAGAUCUCGAGAUAUCCGCAUGUGAUAACUUAUGAGUGCUUCUGCUGGCGAGUAUACAAAGCAACCUGUUUUUUUAAUAGAUGUGACUCAAAAAUGACAAGACAGUGAAAUUCCAUAGUUUUCAAGAAAAAUAUCCCAAAAUAUGAUAUUAAUUCCUACAUGAAAAAUACUAGUUACUGUUUUGCUUCACCUUCAUACACACUCAAUCCUGAAUUGCCUAUUCGGUACUUUUUUGAAGAAAAUAGAACAGCAGAACUAUUUCGGUAGUUUCGGUAAUCGAUUUUACUGAACCUCAAUACACCAACUCUCAAAAACGGGUGCAAAAGGUAAACAAACCAUUUAUUGGUGUAUUCAGCUAUUCGAUUUUCGUUAAAAAAUUACCAAACACGGUAUUAAAAAUUAAGAGUGUACUGAUCAAUACACAAUCUAUCAUCUUAUGACUGGCAUCCACGCACCAAUGUGUGAACUCCCUGCCAAAAAUAAUCACAUUAAACACUAUGAAUAUCAUCUAUUCAUGAAUAGCAGCUCCGAACAAAGAUGACUCCCAGAUCUCCCAUGAUCCUCCUCUUAAAAACAGCCUUUCCAUGCUGGUUGUGGAGACGCAAUCAGAGUGCCCUUCCCAAGUAACAAUUAAUGCUGAACAGUGAGAGUAUUAACUGAACAUUAGCUGGUUAAUGGUGUCAAUGGCUGAACACAAUGACAGCUGAAUAUUGGUCUGAAGUAUGGCUUGUUCAACCUCUUCAAUCAGCAAUGCAUAGAUGGCUGAAUAUCAAGUUGAACAGAAUAUCAUUCAUUUGGGUAUCCAGCUUUGAAACAUACACCAACAUGCAGAAUUGAUCAUCUGUUGUUCAACCUUUUAUUAAAUAAUUUUUGACAGCUUACACAAGCAUGGCUUUUGUGAAGUCCACAUCGCUUCUUCAACCUUAAUACAGACUUUAUUCAACUUAUGUUCUUGACUAUUCAGACACAACAAGUAAUGCUUUUGUUUUCGAGGACAUGUAUACAACAAGUGUGUGUGGUGUAGGUGCAAAGGUGAGUGACUAUAAAUCAGGACGUCCGAGUUUAAUUCCCAGUUUUCCCACAGAUUAAUUUAAACAUUCCUUAAUAUCUCUUCUGGAAAUAGACGCAGCUAAUGGUAAAAAUAGGCUCACGAAAGUGUUUUUAUUUUAUUUUUACACAAUCAGUAAAAUUCAUUGAUUACUGAUUAAGCGCAUAUUAAACCUUAAAUCAGCCUUCCAAUGAACCUCAAAUCAGCUGAAGGUUGAAUAAAAUCUCCAAAAUUAGAUGUUUAGGAGCAGCAUAAAGGAUUGAAUUUCUUAUGCUCAGCAUUUGUUCAAAUCAAGGCUGAUUUAAACGUUUGUACAGCAUCAAACUAUUAUCUGGGUUGGGAUUAAGUAGUAACAACCAUUACACUCUAACAUUCCUUUCCCUUCCUAACUGAUUGUAUGGACUUGGCCAGCGCCAUUAUAGAUAAAAAUGUAUGAGCUAUUAAAAUUACACUUAAAAAUCAGGGACAUGUUCAAUGCUUCCAGUGAGAUUUUUCACUCUUUAAAGGAAGCACGACGCUAGGCAACGGACUUGCAUGUAACGCCCAGUGGCAAAGUCGAAAACUUUCCCUGACAGCUGCGGCAAGAAUCAAACCCGCGCUCUUCAGCACGAUGCGACUAAAAGCUUGGUGACGACCACGGAGCCACACUUUGAGAAUGAAUAGUGUGUCCCAGACCUUAUUCUUUUGGAUCUUAGUGUAGUUGAUACUAUAGCAGAUCAAUCACGGAGGAGCAACCAUUGUACAACAAUGUACAGUCAGUCUAAGCUAAGCUUAGCCAAUAUUAUGUGGUAUUACAUUUUAUUCUUAUUUCUAGUUCAAUGUUCAUAAAUUUAUUAAUUUAAUCAAACAAUUUGAAAAUUGCUUUGGUAUUCAUUGGAGUUGGAAUAUUUUGGACAUGUGAGUUGCUUGGUGGGUUUCUGAAGAGUUCUGAAAGAGUUUCCGGGGGAUACAUGGAUAAUUCAGAGGGCUUUCAAGACGUUUCAGGGUUUCGGGUGAUAUCAACCCCCUGAAAUCCACUGUAACGCUCCUGAACGUCCUUGAAAUCCCAUGGAAUGUCCCAGAGUUCCCUUUAAACCCCCUGGAAUACCCCUCUCAGACAACACAAAGUCGUAUUCUUAUAUUCUUAUCUAUUGUUGCAUAAGAUGGCAAAGUGGCGGCAGUAUGCGUACAUGCUUCCGUUUAACCGUGGAUAAAAUACACGCAUAUUGCCUCCACUUGCCAUCUUAUACGAUCAUUGAUUGACUGGAUUGUAAUGCUCCUGAUCCCCCCCCCCCCCCACCAAUAGCCGCUUGGAACUCCACUGAAGCUUCAUGGGACGUCUCUUACUAAAACAUACUAAAACGCCCCUGAAACCACUUAAAACUCCUGAAAACUCCUGAAACCACCUGGAAGUCCCUGGAACAUCACGCAAGCUUCCUGGAACGUCCCUGAAUACCUCCGGAAUACCCCUGGAACACCCUUGAAACCCCUUGAAAACUCCUGGAACACCCCUGAAAGCCAAUGAAUCUCCAAGGAACGCUCCUGAAACUCCCUGAAACGCUUCUGAGCCCCUUUGAAAAUCCCUGCAACGCUCAUAAGACUAUCUGAAACCAGCUGAAACAUCCUGAAACUUUCCUGAAACCCCCUGAAACCCCCUGAAACCCACUGAAACCCCCUGAAACGCCCUGAAACGCCCUGACACGCCCUAAAACUCACUAGAACACUCCUAGAAGACCACUUAAACCCCCAUAAAACUAACGGAGGUUAAUGAUACUCCCUGGAACGCCCCUGAAACGCUCAUAAACAUCUGGAAUUCGCCUGAAACGCCCCAAGGACCCUAAGAAAUCCUUAGAGACCCUUCUUAAACACCCUUGGAACGUCUCUAAUACCACCUGAAACCGCAUGAAACUUCCUAUAGUCCCGUGUCCCGAUUAGAAUUGAAAACAAAGCUGGCAGUUUUGCUAACCGUUUAGGUUGUGUCAAUUGGAUCAUGUAUUCAUAACGAAUGUGUUGUAAAAAUAUAUAAAAUAAAACUUCUCUUACUGGAAUUCUUUCGAACAAUUUUUCUGGGAUUCCUCCAGAAAUUUCUCCUGCGAUUCCUACAGCGACUUCAUCAUAGAUUUCUCAAAAAUACCUCAAUCGAUUUUCCAGAGAUUUCUCUAGGCAUUUCUCCUGGUACACAUUCAAGGAACUUCUUUUUGGAUUCUUCCAGGGAUUUCACUAGAGAUUUCUCUAGUAAUACCUCCGAUGAUUUCUCUAGGAAUCUCCAGGAAUUCUUUAAGGAAUUUUUUUAUGAGUUUUCUAUUUAAAUUCAUUUAACUUCCAUUCAUGGAGUAAGUUUCUACAGGAAUCCCAUGGGAGUUUUUUGGAGAAACCCUAGCCUGGGAUUUCCACGAUAAAAUUUCUGGAAGAAAUACCAAAAGAACUUCUGGGAAAUUUCUAGAAAGAUUGCCUUGAAUAAUCCCAGCAUGAUUCAUUGAAGGAAUCCCAGGAGCAAUCAUUAGAAGAAUCCCUUAUAGGGGAUUCAGGGAGAAUCUAUCGAGUAGUCCUAGGAUUAAUUGCUGAAAGAAUCACAGCAGGAAUUACUUGGGGACACCAGCUGGAAUUCACGGAGGUAAGCUAAGAGGAGUUCCUGGAGGAAUUCGAUUAGAAAUUUAUGGGGAAUUACUUAGAUAAAAUGUCUUGGAUAACAAUUCCUGGAUGAAUCACCUGAGGAAGUUUCUGAAAGAAUGUAAGGGAAUUUUUUUAGAGGAAUUCUUAGCAGGUUUCAUUGUAGAAAAUUCAGCAGAAAUUCUAGGAGGAAUUGCUGAAGAAAAUGGUACAAGAAUUUCAAGAUUAAACCCACCAGGAAUACCAAGGAGAACCCAAAGAUGAAUUCCUUGAAGAAAUACCUGGAGGAAUAUCUGGAGAAGCCCUGAAAGAGUCUUAGGAAUAAUUUCUGACGGAAUCUCAGGAAGAUUUUCCUGAAGAAUUCCAGCAAGAAAGCCAGGUAAAAUUCCUAUACGAGUAAGUACAAUAAUUCCUAGAGGUACCAUAGUUAGAAUUUCUGGAGGAAGGAUUGCUGGAAGAACCGCGGGAGGAGUUGUUUGAAGAAUCUUCGGAGGAGGGCCAAGAUGUGUUUCUGCAGGAAUUUCUGGAGAAAUCUUUGGAUAAAAACUCUGAAAGCAUUCAUGGAUGAGUCCUUGGGGAAAUCACUGGAAGAACAACAGAAGGAAUUCCGGCAGAAUUUCUUGGAUGAUUGCUCGAAAGGUCCCAGCAAGAAAGCCAGAAGAAAGCUCUUGCAGGGAUUCUUCUGGCUUUCAGAAUUUCUGAGGUAUCGAAGUUACAUUUUCUGGAGGGGUCAUCGCAAGAGUAGAUGAAAGAACUGCAGGAUGAAUUGCUUGAGGAAUCCCAGCUGAAAUUCCUGGUGGAAGGCCACGAAGAGCUCCUGGAGGAAUCGCAUGAGAAAUUACUGGAAGAAUACUUGGAUAAAAUAUCUGAAGGAAUUCCUGGAGGAAACAUCGUAGAAUCUAUUGGAAGAAUAUCAGAAAUAAUGCCAUGAAUAAUUCCAGCACGAAUUCUUGAAGGGAUCGCACCAAAAAUCUCAAGAGAAAUCCCUUAAAAACUCUUGAAGGUCAUCCCAAGAAGGUUAUCUUGAAUGAUCCCAAGAAUUCUUGAAGGAACUUCUGGAGGAGUUUUAGAAUUCUGGGUUUAGGAAUAUCAUAGAAGAUAUUUCUAUAAAAACCUAGUAGAAAUUGCUUGAGGAAUCUCUACAGAAAUUUUUGGAGAAACACUAUCAAGAAUGCAGGGAGAAUUAUUAGAUAAGCUCCUUGAAUAAAUACCUGGAGGAAUACCUUCUGUUCUGCUUGGAAGAAUCGGUAGAUGUGUUUUGGAGGAUCUAUGGAAUCGCAGGAGGCAUUCUAGAUGAAUCUCAGAAAGAUUUUCCAAAAGUAUUGCUGCAAGUAUACCAGGAGAAAUCCCUAGAAGAAUCCCACAACGUAUUCCUGGAAAUACCCCAGUUAGAAUUUUUUGAGAGGUACUAAUAGGAAUUCCUCCAGGGAUCCCAACUGGAAUACAUAGAGGAAGGCCAAUUAUGAGCUCCUGGAGAAAUCCCAUGAGGAAUUUUUAGAAUGGAUGAAAUCUCAGGUGGAAGUCCUAGAUAAAUCCUUGACGAAAUCAUCGGAAGAAUUACCACAGAAAUUUCAGGAAAAUACUAGAAAGAUUGCUAGGAAGAAUCCCAGCCAGGAUUGCUAGAAGGUACUGAAGGUACCACCACUGGCGUAGCCACGGG